AUGCGGUUCGACGUGUUGGGCUGACUCAUCCUGCAGAUGAAUUGUAGUUUUCCUCGGUGUGGAGUUUGAUUUUGGACAAAGGCAAGGAUGCCGGCGGUGGGAAGGAAGGAGCCGUCGACUUCCGAAACAAAUAGAUGCAAGUUGCUACACUGCCACAUAUCGCAACUACUUGUAUUAUGCCCUCGCAUUACUUUAUAUACAACAAACAUAUAAUCAACAACUUGGAAUCUAAGCCGGAGAGAGUAUGUCACUUUCUUCAAUGUCCGCGAAAAGAGAAGGGAUACGAGGGUAAGAAGAUGAGAAUGUGCGGGAAAUGCCAGUACAUACGAUAUUGUAGCGAGGCAUGUCAGAAAUCCGAUUGGCGUCGACACAGAGAGUAUUGUCGCGAAAAGCUGCGCUUCAUUGAUGGGAGCGCCUGGGUUGAGGAACGUCGAUGGAUAUUUGAAUGGGCGACUUUGGAAGCCCUUCGCAUACACACCACCGACGACCUCCUUCAUAGUUUUCUGCAGCUCGAUGUGAUGUACGGCGACUUGACCAGGCUUGGUGGACGUCCGGAACAGACUAUUUUCUUAUCCAAGGCAUCCGUUACUCCGUUUUCUGAAGCGCCGUGGCUUACGAAUAUGGAAGUUGAUUUUAAGGAGGCUCAGGAAAUUAGGGAUAACGGAGGAACGGGACGAGCUUUUGCGUUUGUCUGUUUUCGGUGGGAGCGCGAUGGGCGUAUGAUGGCGUUUCCUUUGAGAAUUGACUUGACUGCGUUGCCGACGCCUGGGUAUCAGCAUAUCUGUGCUUGGAAGCCUAUUCUUUAUGGUGUUGUCCGCGAACAGAUUUCGAUGGAUGAACUGGCCCAGGAUAUACUGCAAGCGGGAAGUACUACAUCUUCGAUGAAUCUGAAUGACAUGGAUUUUGAAGAUAUUAUCGACGACAUGGGGAUGCUUUCGAUGGAUGCGUAGAUACAAUGGACUAAGCCUGCUUAUUCUAUGGUAGGAACGCGGCCUUUUGAAAAUAUCCUUGAUUGAUUCGUAUAUGGACCAGCACU